AUGCUGCUGUCAAUUUAUAAACAGAUAUCUUUUCUCCUAUCACGAUUGUCGUAAAGUAAACCCUUAAUAUCUCUUUAUUUAUCAUCUUAUUACAGAAAGCCGAGCAAUAUGGCAAACCCAAAUAGAGUUAUCUAUACAGUUGACCCCUCAACCAAUCCGGCUUCAUGGCCACCUGGACAAGCUCCAGAGUUUGGCACAGCAAUUUACAGAGUCGAUGUUACCUACAUCAAUCUCAAUGGGGACUCAGACUUUCGUUCACUUCGAACCGGAACCAACGAACAUAUACACCACGCAGUUAUACAGGUCACUAAGCAUAUAGCGAGAGGCCUGUAUCGGAUUGUCAGCAUGAGUGUUGGCGAAUACCAAUGUACAGUAGUCAUGGAAACCGAGAGGUCAACUGACGAUCUUAUGGCCAAUGGAUUCCCGUGGGACAGGGAGGAUCAGCAUUUGCCAAAUGUUGUUUUGCAAUAGGCAAGUGCGCCGAUAAACGCCGCUCUAUUGUUCGAGAAACUUUAUUAUAUAUAGUGGGUUAUAUCGACAUAAUCUUCACAAGCAAACUGCUUGAGUCUCCCGAGAGAAGUGCAAGAUGGCUUGGAUAUUGAGUGGACAGAUUAAUGCUCUCUUGUGGCGGGUUAUAAUGUGAUCUUGGGGUUCCACCACAAUGGCGACAUGCGCGCAACGCUAACCUCAUCCGUGACCAAGCUUGAAAGUUGAGUCUUAUUUUGGGCAUUUAAGUUACAAGAUAUCACAAUUAGAAAGCAAAGCUGAGUAAUACUAAGCUGUGUGUGAUUUAUAAUUCAUGUGGAUCGGUUUUUGACAAAGAGCGUACAUAGAAGCAUUGUAGAUAAUUGCAUAACAGUAAACGAAACUGUCAAUAUGAAGCCAAUUCACUCC